AUGUCACCCCUCCACCUAUCGCCGGAGGCCGCCGCAAGGCGUGCGCGGGAUCUGCCUUCCCCGGCCAAUGGGGAGGAGAGGCCACCGCGCAGUGCGCGGCGCAAAGCUGUCGGAAGGCCGCCCUCGCCGGCCUGGGCGUGGAGACUUCCCCGGCGCGCGGUCCCGGCCGCCCCAGCUGUCAGCGCUGCCAUGGCUGCGCGGCCCGUCACUCUCGGCAUCGACCUGGGCACCACGUCCGUGAAGGCCGCCCUGUUGGAGGCUGCACCCGGCCACCCAUCCGGGUUCGUGGUGCUGGCGAGCUGCGCGCGGGCUGCGAGGGCGGAGACCGCGAGCGUGGCGGCCGGGCCGCAGGGGCAGGAGCAGGAUGUGAGCACAAUCAUCCAAGCCCUAAAUGAGUGCCUUGAUGCCCUUCCCCGGCAGCAGCUGCAGAGAGUUGGGGGCAUUGGAGUGUCGGGACAGAUGCAUGGCGUCCUAUUUUGGAAAGCAGGCCAAGGCUGUGAGUGGACAGAAGGAGGGCCUGGCCUUGUAUUUGAGCCCAGAGCUGUGAGCCACUUGAUUACAUGGCAGGAUGGCCGUUGUAACAGUGGUUUCCUGGCUUCUCUGCCCAAGCCUGCAUCCCAUCUCAGUGUGGCCACAGGGUUUGGCUGUGCAACCAUCUUCUGGCUUUUGAAAAACAGCCCGGAGUUCCUGAAGUCCUACGAUGCAGCUGGCACCAUUCAGGACUAUGUGGUUGCCAUGCUGUGCGGCUUGCCAAGACCCCUGAUGUCUGACCAGAAUGCUGCUAGCUGGGGCUAUUUUAACACCCAGAGCCAGAGCUGGAACUUGGAGAUCCUGGAAGUGGCAGGCUUCCCUGUCCACCUGCUCCCCGACAUUGCAGAGCCAGGCAGCAUGGCAGGCAGAACCUUUCACACAUGGUUUGAGAUCCCGAAGGGAACACAGGUGGGCGUGGCCCUGGGUGACUUGCAAGCCUCUGUGUAUUCCUGCAUGGGUCAAAGGACUGACGCAGUUCUCAACAUCAGCACCUCGGUCCAGCUGGCUGCCUCCAUGCCUGUGGGAUUCCAGCCUCCGCAGACUCUGGAUCCGGCAGCCCCCGUCGCCUUCUUCCCUUACUUUGACAGGACCUACCUAGGGGUGGCAGCAUCCCUCAAUGGAGGCAAUGUGCUGGCCACGUUUGUCCACAUGCUUGUUCAGUGGAUGGCGGAUCUAGGCCUGGAGGUUGAAGAAUCCGCUGUCUAUUCACGCAUGAUCCAGGCAGCUGCACAGCAGAAAGAUACCCAUCUCACCAUCACCCCAACAGUGUUGGGGGAGAGGCACCUGCCGGACCAGCUGGCCUCUGUGACUAGAAUCUCCUCCUCUGACCUUUCCCUGGGGCAUGUGACCCGGGCCCUGUGCAGAGGCAUUGUUCAGAACCUGCACUCCAUGCUUCCUUUCCAACAGCUCAAAGAGUGGGGCGUGGAGCGGGUGAUGGGGAGUGGGAGUGCGCUGUCCAGGAAUGAGGUGCUGAAGCAGGAGGUCCAGAGGGCCUUCCCUUUGCCCGUGUGCUUUGGGCAGGGUGUAGAUGCAGCCUUUGGGGCAGCUUUGGUUAUGCUCCAAAGAGAUCUUAGCCAGAAGGUGCUUUAGUUCAGGAAGCUCUUUGGCUAAAGGAAUGCUGGGAAUUUUAUCUAAUUGACAAUGCCAACAUAAUCUCUGGGUUGUCCUUUUCCUGGACGGUUCUGUGAGCAGACUGUAAGUUAUAUUUGAUCUUAAGGUACAAUCUAGAUUGAUCAAGAUCUUACCUUGAGGGUAUAUGAUAAUCAUGCACCCAGGAAUCAUUAACCAGGCCCCAAAUUAAUGUUUUCCAGAACAGGAUCUUCUGAGAGCUGAUUGCAAAUGAAAAUGUGGGUGGUCGAGAAAAAUGGGAGAGAGGGAGGAAAAUGGGAAGAGGGAGAGAGAGAAAGAGAGAAACACAAACUGUUUCCUGGUUACUGGGCUUGUCUGUGAUUCACUUGUAGACAGAGAAGAAAGAUGACUUAAGAACCAACAGUCUGGUAGCCAUGGCUCCAACUAAGCAAAGAAGACCUGCUUUAACUUAUGUCCAACUUUCAGAUUGGUCUGUACAUGUGGUCCAACUUUGAGUCAAGUGCAUUAUUGGAAAAAUCCCUCCUGCUGGUUUGUUCCAGAGACCUAAGGACAUGGAGGCAGGGUGGAGGAGGAGGCUUCCUGCCGUGUGGAUCUGUUUCUGGGAAAGUGUUGCACUAGGGCUACCCUGGGUCCUCUCAACACAACUGGCUUGGAGGCACAUUCCAGAGAAGAAAGGGGACCACGGAGCACUGUGAUGAACACCAUCUGACAGGCUGUUUUCAAGACGGCAGCAAGGCACCAGCCCUUUUCUAUGACUGCGCACAGCCAUACGUCCCUCUAAGUCCGGCCACAGAUAGUAGGCAGUUUCAUGACUUCUCCCUUUCUCCAGAGUCCCACCCCUUCCUCUGUGGUGAAGGUCUUGCUGGCCUCUGCUGGUUCUGGCUCAGUAGAAGUGUCCUGUUAGGUGGGCAUGCGCAUAGGGGUCAGAGAACCACCUGUCUCCCCAUGUGGCAGUACCUUCCAGGAGAGGGUCACCAUCACUGUGUCUACUUCCGGCCUCCUACAGGGCCCAAGGCUCAGGCCACUGUGACUUUGGGGGGAGCUCCUGUUGUCUCUUUGUAUGAGUCGUUUUACAAGCUAUGAUUAUGGGAACCCCUUUGCCUCCCACUGCUGGCUAUAAUUCAGAAAAUUGAAUAAAGUUCAUUUUUUCAGA